UUCUGCCUCUCUUUUACUGUACUGUCUUUGACUGGAGCCUGUGGGCACAGAACAACUUGAUAACUUUUUAAACAUGAAUGCAUUUUGGUUUAUCUAACGCAAACCUAUUUCUGAAUUGAAUCAAUUGGAUUACGAUCUACUGAGUUUAGUCAAGGAAUUACCACCCAAAGGUGGGCGGAAACUAUACGAAGAUUAAGAGGAGCCUUAUCAACAUACAGAAAUGGCUUCAUUCAAAUCCACAAAAAUCCCAAUAUAUCCCAAACUUGGAGAGAAAGUUACUCCGGACACAUUAUAUUGGAAAAACUACAAGGCCCCAGUCCAGAUAAAGGAAUUUGGAGCAGUCACAAGCAUUGACUUCUCCUCCCUGGCACCCCACAACUAUGCAGUGACUGCUUCUACACGGAUCCACAUCUACGGACCGUUUUCUACGGAGCCAGUCAAGACAUUUACUCGCUUCAAGGACACGGCGUACAGCGGAAAGUUCCGGUCAGAUGGUCAGCUCUUGGUGGCAGGAUGCGAGGACUCCGUGGUGCGGCUCUUUGAUGUCAGCGGAAAGGUGGCGCUCAGGGUGUUCAAAGGGCACACAAAGGGGGUGCAUGUAACAGAUUUCACCUCAGACUGUUAUCACAUCCUGACGGGCUCAGACGACUACACUUGUCGCCUGUGGGACAUCCCCAAUUCCACUGAACUGACCUCAUACAAGGAACACACAGACUAUGUCCGCUGUGCCAUCACCAGCAAACUCAACAGAGAUAUCUUCAUAACCGGCUCCUAUGACCACACACUAAGGGUGUUUGAUGCCAGAGUGGAAAAGAGUGUGAUGACCAUGGACCACAGCCAGCCCGUGGAGAGCGUUCUGCUCUACCCCUCUGAAGGACUACUGGUUUCAGCAGGAGGGCGCUAUGUGAAGGUGUGGGACCUGCUGAAGGGAGGUCAGCCUCUGGUGUCACUGAAGAACCACCACAAGACCGUCACCUGUCUCAGUCUCAGCAGCAACGGACAGAGACUGCUCUCUGCCUCCCUCGACAGGCAUGUGAAAAUCUACAACACAACCAACUACAAGGUGGUUCAUAACUUUGACUACGCCGCCUCCAUUCUCAGUCUGGCCCUGGCUCCUGAUGACGAGUCCAUUGUCGUUGGGAUGACCAAUGGCGUCCUGAGCAUCAAACAUAGGAAGAGCUCUGAGGAGAAACGGGAAAUGGCUGGAAAACAGAGAAUGCAGCCAGUGUACCGCAUCUUUGUCAAAGGAAGAAACUAUGUCCCAAAAAAGGAUGACUUUCUUGUCAGCAAACCAGUGAAGAGCCAUCUGGCCAAAUACGACAAACAGCUGAAGAAAUUCAACAUCUCCAAGGCCUUGGAUACCGCCCUGGAGUCGUGGCGGAGGAACAAAAAUCCUGAGAUCACGGUGGCGGUGAUGAAGGAGUUGGAUCGCCGAGGAACUUUGAAGAACGCUCUGGCCGGACGAGCCGAGCAGAACCUCUCUCUACUCCUCAAGUUCCUGAUUGGGAAUGUAGUUGAUCCCAGGUUUACACCUGUCCUCGUCACCGCCACUGAGAUGAUUCUUGACAUCUACCAGGCAGUGGUGGGUCAGUCUUCAGUAGUGGACAGGCAGCUUGUAUGUCUCCAGGAGCUAGUGGAGAGAGAGGUUGACUACCAGCAGGACCUCCUGGAAGUUCUGGGGAUGUUGGAUACUCUAUUCGCCGCAUCCCUCCCCAGGAAAGAGGUGCCUUGCCCAGGCAGCAGCCGGCCUAACGGCUUGGCAGAGGGGUGUUUGGGGGCUCCGGGACCACAGCUCCAGUCCGCCUGAGGCCCCUACAAAAAGAGUAUUCCACCGGGGUACCAGAGUGCCUGGGCUGCCCCCGUCACGACUGGUUCCGGAAGUGCUUCUCGGUCUUUGACGGAACGUCGUCAGACUUCGAGAAACCAUGACUACAUCCUGCUAUCUGAAUUUAAACCACCAACUAAAAAAAUGGAUUUGCGCAACCAAGCUGAGCCUUGUUCAUGCUGUGCUCCCUGGUUUUAACAGAAAGGGUAUUUUAACUGGCUCCAGAGAGAGGACAAAAUGGGUUUGACUCUUCAGAGACAGUGUUUUGUAAAUGUACACAUCUGUAUGUAUACUUAAAUCUCUGUAUCAGACUGGACACAAAGCGACAAUUCAUUUUUUUGGAACGCCAUCAAAUUGUCUUUCACAGCUAAUGUUUUCCUUAAACAGUGUGCGUGUAUUCAGUUUCUCUCGCCCUAUCUGUUCAUGUUUGGUUUGAAUUUUUAUAGAAUUUGCUUACAUUUCCAAUGUGCCGUAAAAAAGAAAGCUGAAGUAAACUAUCAAUGUUGAAAACAA